AUGGCUGUCUUGGUGGGAUAUCAGACCAGCCAGUUGGUUGCGCUCUUUGUUGCGCUUGCUAUUCUCCGCGUUUUGGCAAAGGUUGUCUACAAUGUUUUCUUCCAUCCCCUGCGGGCCUUUCCAGGCCCUGUCUCUCAUGCUAUCUGGCGAGUUCCUUAUGCCUACAAGUUGAUGAAAGGCACUUUUGAAUAUGACAUGCUAGCGCUUCACGAGAAGUAUGGGGAUAUCGUGCGCGUGGCGCCAGAUGAACUGGCCGCCUCGCAUCCUGAUGCCUGGAGAGACAUCAUGGCCCGUCGACCUGGCAGCGAAGAGCUGGUCAAAUCGAGCCACUUUUACCGUGCUGUUCCCAAUACACCUACCAGCAUUUUGAAUGCAGAACGCGAAGAGCACACUGCUCUGCGUCGCCAGCUGAACCAUGGCUUUUCGGAAAAGUCAAUGCGAGAGCAGGAACCACUCAUCAAACAGUAUAUUGAUCUGCUCAUUCAGCGACUGAACGAGAACUGCGGUGGUGGUUCCAAGACGGUUGACCUGGCCGCUUGGUACAACUUCACCACGUUUGAUAUCAUUGGGGAUUUAACAUUCGGCGAGCCAUUUAAUUGCCUGCAAGAUUCGAAUUACCACCCGUUUGUGUCAUUAAUUCUUAGCUCUGCCCGGGCUGGUGUUGUGUUUAUGAGCGUGGGGUUCUUCCCCUUGCUGAAGAAAAUUCUCCUGGCCGCCAUGUCAAGGUCAAAAAUCAAGGAGUUCGGCGAGGUACAGCGUGAGCUAUCAAUCGCCAAAUUGCGCAGACGAACGCAAGUUCAGCAACGAUAUGAUCUGAUUGAGGGACUUUUGCAGAAGAAAAAUGAACUGAAUAUCAGCUGGGAAAGCCUCGAAGCAACCUGCAACAUCAUCGUUAUCGGUGGCUCGGAGACAACGGCCACGCUCUUGGCCGGGGUUACCUAUCUGCUUACGACCCACCCAGCAAUAAUGGAGAGACUGGUCGAGGAAGUCCGUGGGAUGUUCAAGAGCGAGGAUGAGAUCAAUAUUCAAUCAGUCAACAAACUAACCUACAUGCUGGCUUGCCUCAAUGAAGCCAUGCGUUUUUAUCCUCCGGUGCCCACUGGGAUGCCACGGACGGUGUCAAAAAAUGGGUGCCAAAUCCUUGGGAACUUUGUUCCUGAGAAUACCAUCGUGGCUGCACACCAUUGGGCCACUUACCAUAGAGAAGAUUAUUUCACCGACCCCUUUGGCUACCACCCCGAGCGCUUCUUGGGCGAUGCUGGAUUUGCCAAUGACCGGUUUGAGGUAUUGCAGCCAUUCCAUGUUGGGCCUCGGAACUGCCUGGGACGAAACCUUGCGUAUACCGAGAUGCGAUUGAUCCUGGCUCGGGUAAUCUACAACUUUGACAUGAAGCUUGCGGACGAUAGUAAGGAUUGGAUUGGGCAGCAGAAGAUAUACAUGAUGUGGGAGAAGAAGCCACUGAAUGUGUAUCUGACGCCGAGGACUACCACUACCUGA